AUGCUAUCAGUGCUAGCUCUAGUUAAAUGCUUUGGGUCAUUGGGCUUCAUCUUGGCAGGCGCACUAACACCUGCGGGCCCUUUCUUGCUACCGGUGGGGGCUUCAUUGGGGACGGAGUGCGUCAGGGAGCUGUGGAAGUUCGCACAGCCUGAAAACAUUGGCGAAAACCCGGUUCAUAGUUGGAUCAAGCAGGGAGGACACAGUGACUCAUGGAGCUCUCCAUCGUGGCCGAAGCCCAUCAUCGCUCCUACUCCAGAAGAUCUGAAAGCUAUAAAGACACGGCUGGAAUUCCAAGAUGGCAUGUUUCAUAUGGCCGUAGUGGGCACCGCUGGCAGCGGUAAAUCAUCUCUGAUCAAUGCAUUCCGCGGCCUCCGGAACGGGGACGCAGGUGCGGCUCCCACCGGAACGGUAGAGACGACGAUGAAUAUCACUCGCUAUCCCGAUCCCGAUCCCGACAAACCAUAUGUCUGGUAUGACGUCCCCGGCGCAGGUACUCUCAACACUCCCGGGGAGCGUUAUUUCCAUGACCAGGGAUUGUACGCGUUUGAUGGCAUCAUCGUCUUGUUCGACAUACGCUUCACACAGAUCGACGUUGAGAUCCUCCGUAACAGCGCGAGAUUCAAUAUUCCUACAUACAUUGUGCGUUCCAAGUCGUUACAACACAUCCGGAACGUUAUGGGGGACAUGCCAUGCGACGGUGGAUCGAAGUGUAACGAAGCCAGACAGUGGAAGAAGGCUCGUACGAAGUAUGUUGAAGAUACACGCAAAAAUGUCAAGCAAAUCCUGGCCAGGGCUGAGCUCAAGGAGCAGCGAUGCUAUCUUGUGGACAAGGACGUCUUGGUUGGUUUGAUCAACCCACAAAAGCAUAUGCCUCAAGAAGACCGUACGCAGAAGGAUGACUCGUUGGAAAAUGCCAUUGACGAAAUACCGUUGAUUGUGGACCUCCUUCGCAAUAAUCUCGUCAGCCGAGCCAGGCCUCUGGUUCAAAAAUACCUCGACGAGAUUAGCAGUUACUUUCCUGAUUGGCAGGUGGCCAUGCCUGAGUUGCGAGACGUCUUUCCUCGAUGA